UCAGAUCUCUCUCUCUCUCACUCACAUUCCCCAUGACCUAAAAUCCCUAUCUAUCUAUCCAUCUAUCUCCUUAUAUGCUCCGAGCUUUCAGUUUCGAGAAGCCCUACCGAUUGCAACAGUUCCCUACCAAAAACUAGUUUGCUCCUUCCUCUUAAAUCUUCUCUUCAUGCAUGAUCAUUUGUGUUUUGUUCCAGAUUCUUGGCUUGAUACCGGCCGGAGUUGGUUGGCUAGCUACUAGCUAGUUAAAUACAUCGAGUCUCAAGUUUUUUGCUGCUCGAUCGCAUCAAUUCAUGUACUAUAUCUGUGCAUGAUCUUGUCUCCGUUAAUUAAGUAUAGUUGCUGAUCGAUCGAGCUAGAGCUUGAUGGAAGGCGAGGCUGGAGGCGGAUCGUCGCGGCGCCCCAAUUUUCCUCUCCAGUUGCUGGAGAAGAAGGAAGAAGACUCCUGCUCCACAUCCACCUACCCUUCUCUGGCCAUCUCCUCCUCCGCCACGUCCACCGCGGCGGAGCAGCAGCUGGCGGAUGCGGGGGCGCGGAAGCCACCGCCCAGGCGGAGCUCCAACAAGGACCGGCACACCAAGGUGGAGGGCCGCGGGCGCCGGAUCCGCAUGCCGGCCCUCUGCGCCGCUCGCGUCUUCCAGCUCACCCGCGAGCUCGGCCACAAGACCGACGGGGAGACCAUCGAGUGGCUGCUCCAGCAGGCGGAGCCGGCCGUAAUCGCCGCCACCGGCACCGGCACCAUCCCUGCCAACUUCACCUCGCUCAACAUCUCCCUCCGCAGCUCCGGAACGUCGCUCUCGGCCCCCUACCACCUCCGCGCAGCCAACUACUUCAACUCCAUGGCCGCCGCCUCCCUCCCUGGCCCCUCCCUCCGUAUCCAUAACGACUGGCCGGAACACGGCGGCGGCUCCUCCUUCCCCUCCGAACGACCCUCCUCUUCCUCCUCCGUGCUACUAAACUUCAACUCAUGCAGCAUCGGCCUCGUCGACGCCUCGCCGGAGUCAGACACCGGAAGCCUGAGGAAACGCCGGUGGGAGCCCGAUCAGAUCCAGUUCCAGCAGCAGCAGCAGCAGCAACAACAGCAACAAAUAGCAGGCUACGGCCAGCAAUUCUCAAGCCAUAGCCAAAUCCCACCUGGAACAGUUUGGAUGGUCACAAACCCUAACACCCAACAAGAUCACAUCAACCAGCCGCCGCCGCCGCAGUCGCAGCAGCAGCAGUCCAUUUGGGCAUUCCCUCAAAUGGGCAGCAGCAGCUCCAUGUUCAGAGGAUCCACCGGCCUCCACUUCCUCAACUUCCCGCCCGCCGCCACUUCCAUGGCUCUUUUCCCGAACCAACAACUCGGCGUCGGAUCCAACGUCUACCGCUCGCCUUCGACGGCCUCCGAGGCGAUGGCCCCGUCCUCCACGUCCGGCCACUACCGGGAAAGCGACGACCGCCACGACGCCAUGAGCGAUUCCUGAUUAAUGAAUGCGCAGCCGCCAUCGAUCGUAUCAUCAUAUGCACGCAUUAAUUAUCUCAAUUCCCCUCCUCUUUCGGAUUAUUUCUCUUUCUAAUUCUUCAAUUAAUUUGGUUCUUUUAAUUUCUUUCGUGUAAUCAAAGAAACGAGAGUUCCAUCUGCCUAGAUAAUUAAUCUCCUCGUUCCCUGCUUGUUAAUUAAUUCGGAUCAUUUUCCAUUUGAUGCUUAGCUUCUUCAUUUUAGUCGAUCUACCGAAUGAGAUGCGAUUUGAGACGAGGGCAAUAAAGAAAGAGAGAGAGGAGGACAGAGGAGACCCUGCGUCGAACAGUAGAAAGACAGCAUGUGAAAAUUCAGAGAUGAGGUUGCUGUUCGUUGGAGGAUAUGGAGCAUAAGAUCAUGGACGUAGCUCAUGAGCUCAACAGCAUGUCAACUGCAACAUCCAACUCAGAGACUGACUCCCUCAAUGAUUGCAGGAAUUAAUUACCAAUGCUCUUGUUACACUAAUCUUCACAAUUGUCUCAGUGUGUGUCAGUGCUGCAUGACAAGGCUCCAAAUGACAUAAUUCCACGAAAUGAUCAUGCUGUCAAAUUUGAAGCUGAUGCCGAGUGAGUCUUAAUUAUCUACUACGUCGAGUUACAGUCGAUCGCCAUUGCCAUCCUUUUCAAAGACAGUGAUGACAAUAUUUAGUGGAGGGAAUGAAACAUUGGGAAAUACAGCCGGGAAGUAAGGUCUACAGACUACAGCACACACAAAUGAUGAUAUGAGAUGAGGGAUGAAGGUUGGGGUCGUUUCCUUUUAUGAGCUCUUUAUGUAUGCUAAAUUAUGAUGUCUGACACGGUUGUAGCUGCUUUAGGUUGAAGGUGAUGUCCUUAAUUGCUACCGCAUGCUUGAAAAAUUAUAUU